CCCCUCUCCCCCUCCCUCCCCCUCUCUCUCUCUCCGGUGGUGAUGCUGCAGCUCCUGUAGUCCUCCACAGUCUCCAGUAAACAGCAGUCAUGGCGACAGUGGUCCAACCGCUCACCCUGGAUCGAGACGUUGCCAGGGCCAUCGAGCUGCUGGAGAAGCUGCAGGAGUCGGGCGACGUCCCGGGUCACAAGCUCCAGUCGCUGAAGAAGGUGCUCCAGAGCGAGUUCUGCACGGCCAUCAGAGAGGUGUACCAGUACAUGCAUGAAACGAUCACGGUGAAUGGCUGUCCGGAGUACCAGGCGAGGGCCACGGCGAAGGCAACGGUCGCAGCCUUCGCAGCCAGCGAGGGUCACUCCCACCCGCGGGUGGUGGAGCUGCCCAAGACGGAGGAAGGGCUGGGCUUCAACGUGAUGGGCGGCAAGGAGCAGAACUCGCCCAUCUACAUCUCCCGCAUCAUUCCCGGAGGCGUGGCCGAGAGGCACGGCGGCCUGAAGCGGGGCGACCAGCUGCUGUCGGUCAACGGCGUGAGCGUGGAGGGAGAGCAUCACGAGAAGGCCGUGGAGCUGCUGAAGGCGGCCAAGGACAGCGUGAAGCUCGUGGUGCGCUACACGCCCAAGGUGCUGGAGGAGAUGGAGGCGCGCUUCGAGAAGCUCCGCACGGCCCGGCGGCGCCAGCAGCAGCAGCUCCUCAUGCAGCAGCAGCAGCAGCAGAACCUGGCGUCCCAGCAGAACCACACGUCGUAGGUUGUUCCAAAAGAAGAAGAAGUGACGCGGAGUGGAGGGGAACAGGGGAAGGGAAGGAAAUAGGUGGAUCUCAGAGGGCCCGUCUGUUUGUGUCGAAGGUCCCAGAGGAAGCCGUCGGCCCCGCCGCGGAAGGAAAACCUUAAACAAGUGAAAGACUCUUUUACUUUCUCUCCGUCUCUCUCUCUCUCUCUCUCUCCGUCUCUCUCUCUCUCUCUCCGUCUCUCCAUCUCUCUCUCUCUCUCUCGCUUCCAGCGUUCCGCCGACAACACAGAGAGGGCCGCUGUGUCCCCGGAACUGGUGCUGAGAGGAAGUCGCCGUCCGGUUCAACUUUGUAUUUCCUUUUUAUAAGUUGGGGCUCUUAUUGAAUCCCCCCCCCCCCCCCCCCCCCCCCCCCCCC